AUGACUACACAGACAUACACGCAAAUCGAACUCUUGAGCGCCAAUGGCACAGUGUUGCGCCGCGUGUCAACUGCGCCCCCCAGACUGCCAACAGAUGAUGAAAUUCCAGUCAUUGAUCUGGCACCCAUCGAUGGCACUCUGGAUAAAAGAAAGGCCUUGGCUUCCAGGAUCAAAGCGGCAUCCGAGAACACAGGCUUCUUUUAUGUUCGCAAUCAUGGGAUUCCCGAGGAGCUAAUUCAGAAUUCGCUGUCGCAAGCAAAGACCUUCUUCAACCAGCCACUAAGUCAGAAGAUGAAGACUGAUUUUAGUGCCUCGAAGGUUUCGGCUGGUUACCACGGAGUGGGGAGCACGCAGGUCAAUCGGAAAGAGACGAGAGAUCUCAAGGAGACUUUCUCGAUGAGAUAUGACCCAAGAAUUGAUCCAACUUGCACUGACCCCAAGAGUGUUCUUGAACAAGAAGGCAAAUCUCGCGACGAUGGCGACUAUAUCUGGAAGGGAACUAGUCAUCUCCCAAAAUUUCAGGAAGUGACUGUUUCCUUCUGGCAGAGUCGCUUGGCAUUGGCCCGGAAAUUGGUCCGCAUUUUCGCUCUCGCGCUCGGCGAGCGAGAAGACUACUUUGAUGGUGUCACCAGUCAUCCGGGUGCAGAUGCACUUUAUAUCCACUAUCCAGGAGUACCAGAUGUUGCGGCCGACUCAAAUAUUGACGUUGGCAUUGGAUCCCACACCGACAUCCAAUGUUUCACUCUGCUCUGGCAGGACAACUCCGGCGGCUUGCAGGUACUGUCUGCCCAGGAUGAGUGGAUUGACGCCCGCCCAAUUGAAGGAACUCUCGUAGUCAACAUUGGGGACUUCCUUCAACGCCUCUCGAAUAAUAAAUUCAAAUCUACAGUCCACAGGGUAUAUAACCGUCAGCCGGACUCACGCUAUUCGAUGCCGUUUUUCUUUGGGUUCAACCCUGAGGCAGUCUGUAAGGUUGUUCCAUCCUGCGUGGAUGAUGGGCAUCCGCCUCUGUACGAGCCAAUCUCAUGCGGUGAAUGGCAUAAGGUGCGAUUGGCACCAUGUUAG